AUGAUGGCACGAAGCCAUUGUUAUUGCUUUUCUUGUAUUGUUACCAUCUGUUUCUCCUAUAUAAUCCUCACUCUUGCUUCUCCUACGCUUCACUUUUGCCGCCACGAUCAGAGGGAUGCUCUUUUGAAACUCAAAGACGAGAUUCCGGUUGAUGAACGCUAUUAUCCAAUUCAAUGGAAUAAGAGCAGUGACUGUUGUUCUUGGGAGGGUGUCACGUGUGAUGAUAACUCCGGCCAGGUGAUAUCACUCGACCUUCAUAACCGCUUUCUUAGCAGCUCUUUGAAAACCAACAGUAGCCUUUUCAGACUCCAAUAUCUUCGUUACUUAGACCUUCGAAAUUGUAGUCUCCAAGGAGAGAUUCCUUCUUCACUAGGAAACCUUUCUCGUCUCACACAUGUUGACCUUGGUGAUAACAGAUUGGUAGGUGAGAUUCCUGCUUCAAUACGCAAUUUAAACAGCCUAAGAUACCUUGACUUUUGGGGUAACACUCUUAUAGGAGAAAUCCCGGCUUGGAUAGGCAGUCUAUGCCAUCUAAGAUACCUUAGCCUAGGGGCUAACGGUCUCACAGGAGAGAUUCCUUCUUCCCUAGGAAACCUUUCUCGUCUCACAUUUCUUGCCCUUUUUUCUAAUAAAUUGGUAGGUGAGAUCCCGGCUUCAAUAGGCAGUCUGAGCCAUGUAGAAUACCUUGUUCUUACGGGUAACGAGCUCACAGGAGAGAUUCCUUCUUCACUAGGAAACCUUUCUCGUCUCAUAGAACUUGAGCUUUCUCAAAAUAAGUUGGUAGGUGAAAUCCCGGCUUCAAUAGGCAGUCAAAGCCAUCUUACGGAGCUUAACCUUGAAUAUAACGAUCUGAAAGGAAAGAUUCCAUCUUCACUAGGAAACCUUUCUCGCCUUUUAAAUCUUAGACUUUCUGCUAAUCAUUUGGUAGGUGAAGUUCCAAGUCCCGUCGGAAACCUACACAAACUAAGAGUCAUGUCCCUUGAAAACAAUAGCUUAAGUGGCGAUAUUUUUAAUAUAUUAGCCAAUUUAACCAAACUUUCGGACAUUAGCCUCUAUUCUAAUAACUUCACAUCUACACUUCCAUGUGACAUGAGUGGAUUCCACAAUUUAGAGCAAUUUGAUGUUAGUGAAAACUCAUUUCUUGGGCCUUUCCCUAAAUCCUUGUUCUCGAUUCCUUCGUUACAUCAUGUUGAUUUGGGAGAAAACCAGUUCACCGGACCGAUAGAGUUUGCAAAUACGUCUUCUUCAUCAUCUAACCUAAAUUAUAUAAACCUUCAUAGUAACAAAUUCCAUGGCCCAAUCCCGGAAUCCAUAUCUAACUUUCUCAACCUCAUAGUGUUACUUCUUAGCCACAACAAUUUCAGUGGGAAUAUCCCUAGAUAUAUGUCAAAGUUAGUCAGCCUUGAUUAUCUUAGUGUUUCCAACAACAUGUUAGAAGGUGAAGUGCCAGGUUUCUUAUGGAAAUUAGCGAUAGUGUGGCUUUCUCACAAUUCUUUCAGCAGUUUUGAAAACCCUUCUUCACAAGAAACAUCCAUCCGAGAGUUGCAUCUGAAUUCAAAUUCCUUUCAAGGACCAUUUCCCCUUUGUAUAUGCAAGCUUAAAAGGUUACGCAUCUUAGAUUUGUCCAACAACCUCUUCAGCGGCUCGAUUCCUCCAUGUUUGAGGAUCCUCAGUGUUUCCAUCUUCGAGCUUAAUUUGGGGAGCAACAGUUUCACUGGAACUCUUCCAGAUAUAUUUACGGAUGCUAUCGACUUAAGUUCUCUCGACGUUAGUGGCAAUCAGCUGGAGGGACAUCUUCCAAGGUCAUUGAUCAACUGCAAAUCUCUGGAAGUUGUGAAUGUGGAAAGCAACAGAAUCAAAGACAAGUUUCCAUCAUGGUUGGGAUCUCUGCCGUCAUUACGUGUUCUCAUCCUCAGAUCAAACAAAUUCUAUGGGCCGUUGUAUCAUCCUCGUGUGUCCAUUGGGUUUCAAAGUUUAAGAGUGAUCGAUAUUUCAGCUAAUGACUUCACUGGAACUCUCCCACCUCACUAUUUCUCCAGCUGGCGUGAAAUGACCAGACUCACUGAAGAUAAUGGCGACUACAUGUUACAGUUUGCGAAUGGUACCAUCUCUUAUCGCUCCAUGGAAAUGGUGAAUAAAGGAGUUGAUUUGUGGUUUGAGAGGAUUCGUCAAGACUUCACAGCCAUUGAUUUUUCCGGAAACAGAAUUUCUGGCAAAAUCCCUGAAUCCAUUGGCUUCCUGAAGGAAUUACGUCUUCUCAAUUUGGCGGAUAACACAUUCACAGGCAAUAUCCCACGGAUCUUGGCAAAUCUGAAAGAGCUCGAAACAUUAGACCUCUCGAGAAAUAACUUGUCAGGUCAAAUCCCUAAAGAUCUUGGUAAUCUCUCCUUUCUGUCAUACAUGAACUUCUCUCAUAACCUUCUCCAUGGUCCAGUGCCACGUGGCACACAGUUUCAAAGACAAAACUGCUCUUCGUUCCUGGACAACCCUAGGCUUUACGGUCUCGAAGAUAUAUGUGGAAAACGCCAUGUCUCGAAUCCUACACCACAGCAAACGGAGGAUGUGUCAGAGUUGGAGGAACCUAUGUUCAACUGGAUAGCAGCUGCAGUAGCCUAUGUACCUGGUGUAUUCUGCGGGUUGGUGAUUGGACAUAUUUUCACUUCACACUAUUAUGAGUGGUUUCACUGA